AGCAGAUGAUCACUUUUCCUCUCACAAGCAAAUAAACAUUGGAAUAAGUAUCAAAUGAAUGACUCAAUUCACAAGUUCAAGUUCGGAUAAUAUACAAAAAUAUUGUAGUUUAUCAUUAAACUACACAGUGAUCGUGAUUUGUUGGUGCUAAUUUCCAUCUAUUAAAUUCUACAAUAUUUCCGUCGAAAUAUUGAGACUAAAGUUCCCAGUCUUGUGUUGAAAGUGAAGCAGUUCACUGUUGAAUUUUUGUAAAGCAUCAAUAGAUAUUAGGGAUAUUGCUUGGAUUACAAUUCUUCGGAAUGAAGACUACCGUCUUUGAUGUACUUACCUUGAGUUGCUGUUUUUAUGGACUACUUACCGUUAACAGAGCAUCCGGCGACAAUGUAAUAGAUCAAACCAUCAGUUUACCAUUUGAUAUGACAACUAAUUCACUAAACAGAGUAAAGCGACAAGGAGGUGGAGGUUUCAUACCAUUUCGGCCACUGUUCGUUUACCGACAACAGCAACGGGAACGACAGGAAAGAUGGAAAGAAAUUGAAGCUAAAAAGAAGCUAAAGGAGCAGUAUCAACAAUACGAAGAUUCAAUCAAACAGAGUCAAUUGUAUUCGAGUCAUCGUCCAUCGACAACUGGCAUUUCCUACAGUGGUCCGGCGACCACACAAUAUACUUCUUACAACAAGUAUCCAUACACACGGUACCCAUCGUAUUCUCCGUCGUACUAUAAUCAAUAUCAAUAUGAGAAGGAUCCGUAUUCAAAUUAUUAUCAAAAAUAUUAUCAGAAUUAUUAUGAUGGCUUUGAUUACUCGUAUUUUUAGCCAUCGAAGUUAUUGUUUUCAAUAAAAAUUUCAGAUAAAAAA